ACGUAAUCCUUUAGUCAGGUGUAGCCAAGACACACGUGUAGCCCACCUGCUGUAUGCUAAUGAACACCUGGCUACAUAUGGCCUAUAAAUACACCAAAGAAAGCCAACAUCUCUCUCUCCGUCUCUACCUUCGAGUCGCUACGGGUGCUUGCUGCCUUCCUUGUGGAACUGUCGCCGUUUGCAACUUUGGUUGUGAUCAAACCUUCGUGACUUCUCACCGGAAUACGGUAUCAUGGCGCGUACGUCCACAAAGAAACCGGGAGCCGCGAAGUCCGGAGGGACCAAGGCGAUGACCAAGGCGGGCAGGCCACCCGGCAAACCGAACCGGAGGAAGAGAAAGGAGAGCUUCGGUACCUACAUCUUCAAGGUGUUAAAACAGGUCCACCCAGAUACUGGUAUCUCAGCACGUGCCAUGGGCAUCAUGAACUCGUUCGUCAACGAUCUCUUCGAGCGGAUUGCUUCCGAAUCUUCCCGCCUGGCGAACUACAACAAGCGCUCCACCAUCAGCAGCCGGGAGAUCCAGACCGCCGUGCGGCUUCUCCUACCGGGCGAGUUGGCCAAGCACGCCGUCAGCGAAGGCACCAAGGCCGUCACCAAAUACACCAGCAACACCGCUAAGUAAGAGAUUGAAGACGGGACUGUUAAAGCACUUCGAGAUUCGAAACUUUUCGAACUUUGUACACAAAUGAAAUCUUUUCGAGCUUUGUACACAAGUGAAACGUUUGUAACUCUGUAUACAAUUGUAAAUAAAAUCAAGUGAUAACAUAUUACGCGUGCUGGUAACGAACGUUAUACUCGGUAAAAUUUGACGAUAGUAUCGAAAAUGUUAGUAAAUUGUUAUGGUUUCAAAGCAAUGUCAGUGUCAAGGAAAUUCGAGAGCCAAUUGUAAAUUGUGAGUUUGCAAUGAUGUAUAAGCUGUUUCUGAUUGUUGUGGUUGUGUGAAUAAAGUUACUUUUUA